AUGGGAGAAGAUGAGGAAAUGGCCGAUUUUGAUGCCGCGCAGGAGAGGGUGAUCGACUGGGAGCAGGGUUUGCCGACCUUGGAAGAUUUGAUGCCCCUCUCGCAGACGCUGAUCCCACCGGAGCUCGCUUCGGCUUUCAGCAUCACACUGGAUCCUUGUCGGACCAUCCUGGAUGUGAACCGUGCUUCCCAAAACACCAUCACAAGGCUUCGGCGCCGUGUUGACCCGCUCUCUGAAAAUCUGAAAUCGGGAAGGGGGAAGGAGAUGGGAAGGGGGGAGAUGGAACUGGGAAGGGGAGGGGAACUGGGAAGGGGGAGGGAGAUGGGAAGGAGGAGGGAGCCCGUCGGGGGGAACUGGGAAGGGGAAAGGGGAGGGGGAACUGAGAAGGGGAAGGGAGACGGGAAGGGGGAAGGAGACAGGAAGUGGGGAAGGGGGAGGGAGCCCGUGGGGGAACUGGGAAGGGGAAGGGGAGGGAGCCCGUGGGGGGAACUGGGAAGGGGAAGGGGGAGGAAGACGGGAAGGGGGAAGGAGACGGGAAGUGGGGAAGGGAGCCCGUCGGGGGAACUGGGAAGGGGAGGGGGAACUGAGACGGGAAGGGGGAAGGAGACGGGAAGUGGGGAAGGCCGAAGGGGGGAGGGAGCCCGUCGGGCGGACCGGGCCGCCGCUGGGCCUGCCUAUCCGGCCCUGGCCCGGCCCGGUCCCGCUGUCGGGCCUGGGAUUUUCUCGGCCCGAACCCGGCCCAUACCGGGCCGGGCCAGGCCUACCCGGCGGCGGCCCGGCCCCACGCCCAGCCUUAUUAGGACUAUGAGUCCUCCUCAUUGGGAAACCCGCACUUAUUAUAAAUAG